AUGGAUCCGCUAAGCGCGCUUUCAGUCGCCUCGGGUGUUAUCCAAAUUGUUGACUUUUCAGCAAAGGUGAUCUCGAGAACCCGGGAGAUAUACCUGUCGGCCGAUGGUGCUCUGGAGGAGAACUCGUUCUUAGAAGACGCGACUGCAAAUCUGUCUGAACUCUCCACUGAAUUGACCGAAGAGAUCCGACAAACUGUGUGGGGUUUCCGGUCUAAGGGGAGUGGGUUUGGUCGGAAGAGUGCCGAUGAGCAACUCAUCCAGCUUGCCAAGGACAGUAGAAUGGUCGCGACCAAUCUUCUUGAGAAGCUUGAUCGGGUGAAGCGUAAAAAGGACGGUGGAAAACGAAACGCUCUUAAUCAGGGGAUUCGCAGUAUUCUGGAACAGAAGGAGGUCUCAGGUCUUGCGGACCGGCUUGACCAGAUUCGAAAGCAGGUCGACACUGCAUUACUUCUUUCCUUACGAAAACGCAUAGGCGAAAUUCCAGAGCUCAGAAAAGAAACCACCUCGGCAUUGGAGUAUGAGAAGAAGGCAGAACUCCUCGCCUCGCUUCAAGACAAUGAUUGGAAGCCCACCCAGAAGGGCGAGAUGGUGGAGUUUUCUAAUUCUCUCAUUUUAGCCGUCGACAUGGACGUUGAACAACGUUUUUUCAACAUGAUACUUGCUCGACUAUAUUUUUCUGAUUUACCGGACCGCUACGAAGCCAUCCCGAAGGCGCAUCAAAAUACCUGCGAGUGGAUUUUCGAGGACGAUCCGCAACAAAUCGAGUCGUGCGAAUGGGAUAGCUUCACUAAGUGGCUCUCUGGUACGGACGGGGAUAAUCUCUACUGGAUAGCAGGAAAACCCGGUUCCGGGAAGAGCACCCUCAUGAAAUACUUGUUCAACGAUAGUCGUACAUCCGCCCAGCUGCAGACAUGGGCAGCGGGAAGGCCACUUAUUCAGGCCGGUUUCUUCUUCUGGAAUUCUGGCACUGUCAUGCAGAUGUCGCGGAUGGGGCUCCUUCGGUCCAUCUUACAUUCAUCACUCUCCAACGACAAGAAAACCGUCAUGCAAAUAUUCAACCACCGUUGGCAAAAGUUCGUUGCUUUUGGGGGAGGCCGACAGACCUUUACGUGGUCUGAACUAGUGCAAGCAUUCGAGGCUCUAAUCGCUCCAUCAGAGACGCCGAAAACUUUUUUCUUCGUGGUCGACGGGCUUGACGAGUUUGAUGGCGACCACAAAGAGCUUGUCCAUCUAUUUCUCAAUGCGGCUGAAUAUCCACAUGUCAAAGCCUGUGUAGCCAGCCGACCAUGGUUGGUUUUUGCGGACUCAUUUGAGGAUCGACCUUGUCUUCUUCUUGAGCGACUAACGAAGAAAGAUAUACAUCACUAUGUCACUUCUGCAUUCAAUAACAACAAGCACUAUACGAGACUGAGUAAGCUUGAGCCUGAACGAGCUUCCACCCUUAUCAACGGCAUCGCCGACAAGGCUGCCGGAGUAUUCCUCUGGGUUCACCUUGUAGUACUGUCGUUGCUCGAAGGGCUGUCAAAUGCCGACCGCAUGUCAGACCUGCUUGCGCGGCUAGAAGUCCUUCCCCCGGGGCUCGAGUCGCUAUUCGACCGAUUGCUCAGCGGGCUGGAUCCAAUCUACUUCAAGCACGCUUGCCAGCUAUUUCGUCUAGUAAUGGCGCGCGACCGUCCGCUCCUACUAGAGUUGUGGUUCGCGGAUAACGAAGACCACGACUCCGCUAUGGAGGCGGAAAUCAAAACUCUAUCUCCGGACGAGGUCAUGGACCGACUUGAAACAAUGAACCGCCGUCUUAUUUCGCGCUGCAAGUGCUUCCUAGAAGUAGAGUCCUGGCACGAAGAUCCAAGUGUUGGUUUGUCCACUCAUUCGUAUGUUCGUUUCAUUCAUCGCACUGCGAAAGACUUCCUCCAAUCUAGUGAUAUGUGGAAGACUAUACUCAACGCUACGGGUCAUGAUGCAUUCGACCCCGAACGCCAUUGGGCAAAUGGCUUCAUGGGCAUCCUCAAAGCAGUGAACACUACUUCUGACGCAAAAUGGGAAAACUUCAUCUGGUGUAUCGAAUACGCACUCAUGUUAGAGAACAAGCUCCAGUCUUCUUUCGUCGAUUACCUAGAUGAAGUUAGUCGAGCGGGGAUGAAAAAUUGUGAAGACUAUCGAACCUCCAAAUACGUAAAGCGAGUCGGAUUCGAUACUAUUAGACGCCCUCCUGCUCUCCAAUCAUUCCUCGAUUUCGCCGUUUGGUUCAAUUUGGUGGGGUACGUCCGCGUCAAGGCAAAAACUGCAUCAAGGGACGAACUACUGCAUGCUACUCAAUUCAAAGGCAUCCUGUGGCGCGAACAAAUCGAGGAAUCGUGGCUUGCAGGAAAGGUUAUGCUUACGAAGGCAGGUUUCAUAACGGAUCGUAGCGCUUUGAAGCAAGUUUUAAGCAAUAGUCUCCAGAGCAAGAGCAGUGAAUUACGCAAAGAAAAAUGGGAAAAGACUAAGAGAAGGUUCUUCCUUAAGAAGGUAGAUGCAAGUAAUACCACCUCACAGGAAACUCCUAAGGUGUGAAAUACGAACAGAGAAGAUGACACAUGCCAUCAGACUGUACAUAGCAGCCCAGUUGGUUGCUUGCGGAAUCGCCAAGAGUUCAUCAGAUAGAUUGAAUUGAACAUGAGUUUGUAUUGUAGUGAAUGAGUG